AUGAUUGAUUUACUCGGUUUUCUACGUCUUUUAAUCAAUUUAAUACUUUAUCCAUUAGCUGUAGCAUUUCUUAUCUUUUAUCGUUGUUUACAAUGGUUAGGUUUUCAACCAACUAUUCAUGAUUAUCAUGAUCAUAUUGUACUUAUAACUGGUUCAGCAAAUGGUCUUGGAAGAGAAAUAGCUUUAGCAUUUGCAAGAGCUGGUGCUUCAUUAGCACUUUGUGAUAUAGAUGAUAUUGGAAAUCGUGAAACUCAACAACAAUGUUUAACAAUGUUACAUACUCGAAAUUCAUCAAGUCGUGUACGAAUCUAUCGUGUUGAUGUAACACGUUCAGCUGAUAUAUAUGCAUGUGCUGAAAAAGUUCGUUAUGAUCUUGGACAAGUAACAAUACUUGUUGCUAAUGCUGGUUUUGUUAGUGGACGAUCAUUAUUAAAUGAAUCUGAUGUAGAUAUUGAACGUACAUUUAAUGUUAAUUCACUUUCACCUAUUUGGUUAAUUAAAGCAUUUUUACCAUAUAUGCUUGAUGCUAAUCGUGGACAUAUUGUUAUUGUUUCAAGUGUUCUUGGUAUUCAUGCUUCUCAUGGUCCAAUAAGUUAUGUUUCAUCAAAACAUGCUAGUUUAGGUCUUAGUCGAUCACUUCGUCUUGAUAUUCAUGCAACACAUCCAAAUACACGUGUAUCUGUUCAUUGUAUAUGUCCAUAUAUAAUGCGAACAAAAAUGUUUAAUCCAUUAGUAAAUCAUGUUUCAUUAAAAUUUUUAUUACCUGUUGUUUCUCCACGUUAUGCUGCAAAUCAAGUAUUAGAAGCUAUUGUAUGGCGUCGAAAUGAAGUUAUAUUACCAUAUCAUUUGAAAUAUAUUGGUAUUAUUAAUGAUUUUUUAUUACCAGAGUGGUUGUCCGAAUGGCUUUUAUAUCAAGUAUCGGGUAGACGACCAUUGGAUACAUUUCAUAGGGAUAAUGAUGAAAAUACUCGUGAAAAAAGAAGAAAGCAUUUAUAUACAACACAUUAA